AUCCCAGCUCGCCUCCACCAGAUGCCAUGUUAGGCCCAAUCCUGCGAUACGAUCUAGCGAGGACGCACGCCACAAACAUAGCGAAGUCGUCAUCAAAAGACUCGCAUGGCUGGAAUCUCCCUGGUCGGUCAAUAUAGAAGCUGCGUAUGUGGAUCUAUCGGGACAAGACGAACUCCCGAUUCCCAACCACCGCAUUGCACGCGCAUCAAGUACUGAUGAAAGUAUUUCCGCUUUGUUGGAAAGCCCAACGUCCUGUCGCUAUCGUUACAAAGUCCAGUCAAGAUGCUUUGCGAUGUCUGCUUUCGUAUGCUUCGCGGUCAAGAUGGCCGGGUGUGGAAAGGAACCUAUGACCUGCACUUCACUCACCACCCUGAUCGGAUGUCCUUGCGUCGUUCAGCAGAUAUGAAUUGCGGUAUCUGCCGAGUACUUCACGAAGAGCUGCAGUCUAAAUUGGAUGCGACCCACGCUGUCUCCAUCAGCGACGCGAAGACCACAGAACUAUCGACAACUCGGAGCGCAGUGGCACAAACCGCUUCUAUGAAUGACACAGCGCGGAACAGCUCCCGUUCAACCAGCUUGAACAGGAGGCGACAGACUACAGAUCUAAAGGAAACGCAAUUAAACAUCUCGGCAAUGCUCUCUGUGCUUGAUCACCCAAGAGUCAAGGACCUUUAUCGCUUGGACUUCAAAAUGCGCCUCGAUCGGACUCGAUGUAAACGGACGUUCGUUUUGCAGAAAAAUGACUCUAGCGAUCCACCCUUCAGGACGCAGCUCUCCGAUAACACGUCUUCAGACGAGGUCUAUACUCUUGUUCUGAACUGGAUGGCAAAAUGCACACGAGAGUGCAAGGCCCACUGCAGAUACGUUGGCCAAGAAUCUCCAAAGUGGUAUCCAGCACGACUGCUCAGUCUCAAGUCACUCAAGAAAGCGGAUCUGUUCAAUACGAAAGGCAGAGAUAAGUGUCUGGAAACCCCUGAUGUGAAGAUCAAAUUGGUAGAGACCGAGGGCUGGCCGUUCCAGAGACCGGCGGACAAUGUUCGCUACGUAACCUUGUCCCAUUGCUGGGGCCAAGGUGUGACAAGUGAGCAUAGAUUGACAUCGCGAAAUAUUGAUAGGAUGAGACAUGGGAUUAGGCUGGGCGAUCUCCCUCAAACUUUCCAGGAUGCCAUUACGUUUGCGGCUCGGCUGCCUCAGGUUGGUUAUAUCUGGAUCGAUUCACUUUGCAUCAAACAGGGGCCGGACGAGUUGGACGAUUGGCUAAAGCAAUCUGCGACUAUGGACAGAGUCUACAGCGAAACCUUUCUCAAUCUCUCGGCUACGCAUGCCUCUGAUAGUCAUGGGGGUUUGUUCAGGUUCAGGACCCCCGAGCUUCUCCUGGAAGAUGAAGUCACGCUUAACAUUGAUGGCUUGCCCGGUGCGCAUCCGCCGCCACCAAAGCACCCGCCACCUGAGAAUAUUGUGCGAGCAGCACCUGCACCACUUGUGCCAUCAACGGGAAGAAAAUUUCUCAUGUACCUGGGCACAUUUUGGUUUGUACGGUGCAUCUCCAUGAUACUUCGCCAUCUACAUAAAGAGCUGGGGAAUAUUCUGGAGCUUGAUUCGGUAUCAAGGAACCAAGUUGCAGAGAACAACAAACCCCUCCCCCCUCAAAAGGCAAGCUCCGGUAGUGGAAUCAAGGCCCUCAAACGUUCGAGCAUAAAGCUUGGGGCAGUCAAUGCUUUGAGACGCUCUCGUUUUGGAUCUGGCCUCAGUACCUUAGCAAGGUCAAGUACCGACCUGAGCGAGGACAGUGAUACAACGCCGCGAUUCGAGACUGAGCGACAAAACUUGAAACGCUGCACCAUCCUGGAUGCAUCAUUCUGGUCCAAUCGAGUUGACAAUGCGCCUGUAAAUCGAAGAGGGUGGGUACUGCAAGAACGUCUGAUGUCGCCAAGAGUACUUCAUUUCUGCCAUGACCAGGUCGCCUGGGAGUGUUGUGGCUUUGACGCUGCAGAAGGCCAACCUGAGGGCAUGCCAAACUUCCAGCUGACAUCUGGAGGCAUUAUCGAGGAAUCGCGGCUGAAAGGACUUGAAGUCAAAGAAGACGGUGCACGUCUGCGCAAUAUCCGUCUGAACAACUACAAGGAACCAGACGCGCACAUGAGGCCCAAAAUCUACUCCCUCGAACUCUGGCGUCGUAUCGUGGAAGUGUACACCAAGACCGCUAUCACAAACUCAGAGGAUAAGCUCAUUGCUUUGUCAGGUAUGGCAAAGCUCAUGGCUGACAAAAUUGGAUCCAAGAGAGCCCCAGCUCAAUACGCUGCUGGCCUUUGGAAGCCGCACUUAGCGAGCCAACUGCUCUGGCAGGUGGAGCCAUUGUGGCGAGAAGUCGAUGAAAUCUUUGAGAAUGUAUCUGAAGCUCCCGGGGCCUAUCGCGCUCCAUCUUGGUCGUGGGCGGCUGUCGAUGCACAAAAAGGUCAUGGCAUAACGUACGGCGACAUAACGGAUCAAGACCUUUAUAUCAACGUUCAACAAGUGUCCGUCGCGCCCCGAACCAACAGUAACCCCUUCGGUAUUGUGCAAGAGAAAGGCACAUAUAUUGACCUGUGGGGCAAACUUCGCAAAGCCAUACUCUACGGCAAGCCCAAGGGGCGUUUUGGCUGGCGCCUGGUAGAUCGAAGUCCCGAGCUCGACAGCGAAGAACACACAAAUAUUUACCUCGACUGCCCAGCAGACGCCACUCACAACCAGAUGCUGGGUUUCGAUCACGACAUCUCGCGCGUCUACAUCAUCCCUGCUGCAAAGGGCCCUCGCGUCGCAUCUGAGGAGAGCAAGUAUCUCACCUGUUUAAUCGUUCAGCAUCAGCCUGGUCACAAGGCUGGUACCGCUGUCUUCAAGCGCAUUGGUGUCACAAGACUGAGCCCUUGGGCGGACAGCGAGGCGCUGAGCAAGAGGAACAAGCAUGAUGAGUUUGCUAUCUUGGAAUUCAUGCAGAGCGAUGUGGACAUGCCGUAUGGAAGAUAUAAUGCCGAGAGGGGUAGGCACAUGAUACGCCUAAUUUGAGAGCUACACGCCUAUCUGUCCAUCUGGGGAAAGAGACUCUAUUUCUCGGGUAUCAGUACCUCAUCAGGAGAAUUCAUUUGUAAAAACCUUAGUCUUGUAAAUUUGUCCCCGAGAAUGCGCGCCCUACUCAGACCCUCGUACAGUGCCGAAGCU